AAUACAUGGGUUUUAUUUGCAUACAGUUAUAGUGAUCAGAUAUGGAGAAAGUUUGAAAACAGAGUGCUGUAUGAUGUUAUGUGGUGGUUUUCCUAUCAAGCAUAAACACAUUUAUCUAUAGUAUAAAAACUGUGCAUUAUUUUGUUAGUCUUGCAAGCAAGGGGUUUCUAGCAACAGAUUAAUGGAUGUCAUAAAAAGCAGGGUAAACUGUUGCUAGGUUUCAGUCAUGCUGACUCUGCUUGGGUCAGUCAUUGAUUUAGGCUGACUAAUGCAAGCAUGUUAUAACUCAAUGUGAGCUAUUUAAAUGCACUACUAGGGAUUCUAUUCCCACUUGUAAUAGGGAAUUGGACUGGAGCAGUCUUGUCAGACUAGUAAGGGGUCUUUGCUCUGGAGUGACCUUGCAUGAGAAGGCAACGAUUUUGGUGGGAGUGGGGAGUGCCUGAGCAGGGUGUCUCUGUUUAUCUCACAUGUUUCCUGUCUCAUGUUGCUGCUGCUCCUGCUUCUCUAUUUGUUUCUGGGAUAACAUCUGCUGGAGGCUGCACUAACACAGCCAGGGUUACUGUAGGGCAGAGACCCACGUGGUUUAACGGGAGGGGAGUGGUAAGAAGCAGUGUGUUUGUUUGAGGGAUUCAUAGCAGAGAGAUUAUCAAACAAGUGUUGAGCAAGAAUUGAGUGAAUGAAGAACUCUGUGGCAUUUUUAUGCAGCUCAGACCUAUGUGUCCUAGAGAUUGUACUAUUCUGAAAGGCAUGAAGCCAUAGUGAGGUUAGGGGAUAACAGAGGACAAAACAGAGGAACAAAACGUGGUACUGAGAAAAUGAAAGAGAAGUCAGUCACUGAAACACUUUCCAUGCCCUCUGAGAACUCCUUCCAGCAGCAUCUAGUCGACAACAUGGAGUGUACCACAGACUGGGACAUGGACAGUAUUCAGGAAGAGGCUUUACUGUGGUACCUGGACAGGUUAAGUUACAUUCCACAGGAGUGCGAGGUCCACGACACUUCUGAGUAUGAAGAAGUUCCAGCUGUGCUUAGUCCAACAUACAAACAAAGAAAUGAAGACUUUCGAAAACUCUUUAAACAGCUACCGGAUUCUGAGCGCCUCAUUGUUGAUUAUUCUUGUGCUUUGCAAAGGGACAUCCUAUUGCAAGGGCGGCUGUACCUGUCUGAGAAUUGGAUCUGUUUCUACAGCAACAUCUUCCGUUGGGAGACCUUGCUAACAGUACGUUUAAAAGAUAUCUGUACGAUGACCAAGGAAAAGACUGCCAGGCUUAUUCCAAAUGCCAUCCAACUCUGCACUGAAACUGAGAAGCACUUUUUUACAUCUUUUGGGGCUCGCGAUCGAACCUACAUGAUGAUGUUCCGGCUAUGGCAGAAUGCAUUGCUGGAAAAGCCUCUGUGUCCAAAGGAGCUUUGGCAUUUUGUCCAUCAGUGUUAUGGGAAUGAGCUGGGGCUUACAAGUGAUGAUGAAGACUAUGUGCCUCCAGAUGACGACUUUAACACAAUGGGUUUCUGUGAAGAAAUUCCUGUGGAAGAGGUAGAAGUGAAUGACAAUUCAUCAAAAAGCAGUAGCGAGCUAAAACCAGAGACCAAUUCAAACCUACAGGACCCAUCUCUAACUAGCAGCAAUUUGACAUCCCCUGCCAGCAGUGAUGCCCCAGCAUUUGACGGGGGAGUGCUAGAUGAAAUUGAAUCAUUAGAUAAGGAGAUUUUAAUUGCAAAUCUUGAAGAACAGAAGGUGGAGUUUCUUCCUCUCAUAACUUCACCAUCCUUGGACUUUAACGAUAAUGAAGACCUUCCCACUGAGUUGAGUGAUUCCUCAGAUACCCACGAUGAAGGUGAAGUGCAGGCGUUUUAUGAGGAUCUGAAUGGUCGACAGUACAUCAAUGAGGUGUUUAGUUUUAAUGUAGACAAGCUCUUCAGCCUUUUAUUCACCGAAUCUCAGUUCCAGAGGGACUUCAUGGAACAGAGACGCUUCACAGAAGUUCUAUUUCACCCCUGGAAGAAGGAAGAAAAUGGAAACCAAACAAGAGUAAUUCUGUACACCAUCGCACUCUCUAAUCCACUAGCACCCAAAUCUGCCACAGUCACAGAGAAUCAGACAUUAUACAAGGCGAGCCAAGAGAGUGAGUGCUAUGUGGUAGAUGCUGAAGUUCAGACUCACGAUAUACCUUAUCACGAUUACUUUUACACCAUCAAUCGGUACACAAUGACACGAGUGGCCAGAAAUAAGAGCAGACUAAGAAUCUCAACAGAGCUACGCUAUCGGAAACAACCGUGGGGUCUUGUCAAAACCUUUAUAGAGAAAAACUUUUGGAGUGGACUUGAUGAGUAUUUUCAUCAUUUAGAAAAUGAACUGACCAAAGUAGAGACGGCGUACUUAUCUGACCUACACCAACAGUCCCCCAAAGUAAAAAGCAGCAAAAUCACAUCCACACGCAGAAGGAAACGCCCCCAUACACAUUUGCGCAUCCCACAUUUACAGGAAGUCUUAAGCCCAGUAACGACUCCCACCGACGAAGAGAGGCAACAUCAUCGCAUCAGACACGUUGCAGGGUCUACUCAAACGCGGCAUGUUCCAGAAGUGAAGCCAAAUCCUUUACAAAGCAUUUCUAAACUCCUGUUGGUGAUCAGCUGUGUUUUGGUGCUGCUAGUGAUGCUCAAUGCAAUUCUUUUUUACAAACUGUGGGUGCUGGAAUAUAGUACACAAGCACUGACAACAUGGCAAGGCCUCAGGCUUCAGGACAGCCUCCUGCCUCAGUCACAAGCUGAGUGGACACAAUUGUUAGAAUCCCAACAGAAACACCAUGACACCGAAAUGCAAAAAUGGAGGCAAAUCAUAAAGUCUUCGGUGAUGCUGCUGGACCAGAUGAAGGAUUCGUUAAUAAACCUUCAGAAUGGAAUAAUUUCCCGAGACUUUGUUUCAGAAUCAGAAGAAAAACAGUACCAAUGAUACCUUCUGGUGCAGACAAUCAGAGAAAAGAGUGCAAUAUGUGUAUAGAAAAGACUUGAAUGUAGAUACAUAGAUAUGUAUACUAUGGAAACAAAUUUAUAUUAAAUAAUAAAUUUAAAAGAGAGCAGCUACGUGGAAGAAUGGUCAUGCUGUCUGAGAUUGGAGGUUUUGAGAUACUGGCACAGUUGUUUCUGACUUAAUUUCUCAGCACUUACUGUGUGUUAUAAAGAACAGACUGUGCAGCUCUUCCAUGGAACAAGGACCUUUCCCAAUCCAAUGUACAAUUCUGCUCCAUUGCUCUACCUCCAAUGCCACAAACCUUGCAGAUGUCAAGCUGACACUGCCCUUCACCAUGGAGCUGUUCACUGGUGCCCUAAAGUGCUGUUGAGAUAUACACAGAGACAGCCCAGUUAUAUGACUUGAGAGGAGAAUGGGGCUGUUGCACAAAGCUCCAUGCGGAUAUAUCAGGACAUAAUUAAGCGACUCAUCCGCCAAGACUCCACUGCCACUAAGCACAUGUCUGACAGUGCACCAUCUGUGAAUAACAUCUCCUAGACGGAGAAAAUACAUGGAAGAAGCUUUUUUUUAACAAUACUUUUCUUUUAAUUGAGUAAUUUAAAGCUUGAAUUUAGGAGUUUAUUUGUCUUACUUUUCAUAUGUAUGUAAUUCCUAGUGUGGAUUAGGUUUUACCUACAAUUUCUUUUCAAACAGUAGCUGUUGGGCAGUGAAUCUACAUACAGACCAUUGUUUGGAGAUGACCAAUGAGUAUCUUGUUUUUAAAAUCCAGGGAGUUUAAUUAUUAGUGUUCGUUCCGAAAUAUAAUGUUUCUAGUUAUAUGUGAAAACUCAUACAGCCACUGUAGCAAAAAAGUUUGGAUUACCAUUUGCCUAACCUUAACUUAAUUGGUUACUCAAUGGUGCAAAUUAGGGAGUGCUGCUAAGAAUCAUGAGAGUCUCCAGGUUAUGACAUCGGAGUCCAUGACCUGUAUAAAAAUACUCUUCUAUACAGUCAUGCAACUCCUCAGUAACUUAUAAUAUCCUUAAAUUUUACAAUAGGGUGUACUUUAUUCACUAUAUAUUUUACAGGCACUGAAAGAGAUGACUCUCUAUGUCAUCUCAAUGUUGUUUUCUUCUGGCUGCUUGCUCGUUUUCCUACUAUAGUGUAUCUAUAAAUGGUGUGUACUGGGAGCCAGACAGCUCCAAACACACCUUUGGAAAGGGCUUUUUGUUGACCUGCAGGCUCUGGUUAACACUGCCAUAUUUCUGCUCAAUGGCACAUGCUUUGAAGCAGCAAAUGAUAUUGAGGGUGUUGAAAAUGUAGUAUGUCUGGUAGCUGGCUGCCUAAUUUGUGUUAUGAGUGUACUGAAUGCUUACAUGAAUAGAUGGUGUAUGUAUCCCUCAGAUGUUGUAUGAUUAGAUAAUUGGGAGAUAUAUUAUACCUAUUCUUAGCACUUUUAUGAUAAAAAGCCACCUUAAGUUAGAAAAUAUAUUUAAGAACUGUUGUGCCAUUGGUUUGCACAGGAUAGUGGGAGCUGCAGUACAAAUGAGCAACAAAAUGUGUACUGAUGUCCUGUUCAAAUAUCCUAUUGCCAAUGCAUGUCUGUGUUCUUUAUAUUACUAUCUAACACUAAAGGAGGCUGAUGAAAAAAUGUGUUCAGUUCACAUGGGCCUAGAUAUUGGUUAUCUACAUAUUGCUUGAUUUACUGAAAAUAUGCUGAUUACAUUUCAGGUCUGGGGGUGAAAAUGCUUAUGUUAAAUAUAAGCAUACACUUUAAUUCACUAUCUUGUGUUUUGCAAAUGAUCCAAAGAGUUUGCAAUGAAAUGAACAAUUGAACAAGGAUUUUAAUUUUAGGAAAUUGUUUUAUACCACAGGCAUGAAAACUUACCAGACAAAAAGUGAAUCUCACCCUUUUAUAAAUCUAGCCUAGACAGUAUUGUUCGUUACUAGAUGUGUUUUUGACUGAUUCAGUUUCAUUAAAUACUGUGUAAUAGUCAAAAAUUCCCAUUCCAUUGAUGGGCUUGGAUUGGAAUAGUUAACAUUACAAUUUGUAUGUUUGCUUUCCUAAAGGUAUGAGAGCUAUUAACAAAAAUGCUGAGGGCAUGGGUUAUUACAUAAUGUGAAUCGCCAUGCCAAGACUACUAAACACAUUUAAAUAGUGAAAACCCAAUAUGUUUGUUUUGCCAUCAGCAAUAAUUUAUAUUAGCUAAGGUAACAUCGAGUACAAGGUACUGUUUUAUUAUUAAAUACCUGAAUCACUCAGAAAUUAAUAAUUCUUUGUUUAAAGGGAUGCUAUGGGAAAAUGCUGCUCUACUUUGAAGCUUUCUCCCGAAAAUAGGUCCCAUACCUAUAUUACUGAUUUAUUUUUUUAGUAUGUAUGAAUACUAAGAAUGAAUGUUAUAGAUGUAAAUGUAAAUAAAUGAGCAUAUGAAUUGUUUACUCAAUGAGAAGUGAAUGAUUGAUGAUUGCACUGUAUGCAGUAGUGGACUAAUACUUUGAAAGCAGGAAUUGCAAGGGUCAGUCACAUGAUUUGACAGAAUUGCUGAGCACAUCUGCCAAACAUGUAGUCAAAUACUUGUAUUUAUCCAUAUUUAAUUUAUCAUGGUUCUAUAAACAAUCAAGCAUUGCAUCUUAUUACUUAUUUACAUGCUAUGGUUAUGCUUGCUAUGGUAAUCAAUUGUUAUGCAUUUAAAUGCAGGGCCACUGAUAGUGGGCAUAAAUACAUACUUCAGUCUGGGGGCUCCAUUUUUGAGUUAACCAGAGUGUUGCUUUGUCUGCUAUUGGCCCUGUCUCUCUUGUAUAAAUACAAGACCACCUGGUGCCUGAAGGGAUUCAGAUAGGGACCCUGUUCAGCUUUAAGAUUUUCAAAUAUGUGGGGGGGGAAGACAUGUUUGGGGGGGGGGAAACUAGUAUGGAAUAUGACCAACAUUCUCCCAUAUUCCUUUAUUAAUAAAUGAAAAAAAAAAUGCAGAGGACAGUAUGUUGCACAGAUGUAGGCUUAUGUGCUAUGUAAAAAUAAAAUGAAUUUGAAUAACA